AUGGACAAUCCUGGAACUAGGAAUGCUGCAGUAGCGGACUUUGACGACAACGCAGAUAUUUCACAUCAAUCAAAGAUCACCGAUGAGCCCAGUCAGGCCUUUGAUUCAUUCCCGUACAGUGAAAAUGUGGCAGGUUUAGAUCAGGAAAAAUACGAAAAAGAUAGUCCAAGAGAAGAUGAAGUAGUUGCAGCUCAUUCUGAAUCUGAAUUAGAUACUGAUGUGAUAAUAGGCGGCACUGAAGGUACUGACGUUGGCGGCGAUGAAUCCGAAUAUCAUUGGCUUGAUGAUUACGGAGACAAUAGCGCUUCCAAAACGAAUCAAGAUCUUCCCUCAGAAAAUACGUUUCAGUUAAAUCAAGAAACAGAUGUUGCUGAUAAUCCGUUACCUUCAGAUACUGAAGUUGAGGAUACUGUCCAUUUGACCGACGAAAGAGAUAUACCACAAGAUGGACAGAUUAACUCGCAUUUCCCUUAUUCCGACUUGGAUACAAGAGACGAAUUACGGGCAUCUGAAAAAGUUUCUCCUACUGACGCUAGGCCUGAAGGUAACGAUUUCGCCGAGGAUAACAGCAGUGCCAAUCCUCAAGUAUUAGCAUCAUUUAGCUAUGAUCCUGAAUUUUUACAGGGUGGUAUGGAUGAAAAUACGUUAACGACUUCUUUCAGCAAAAGCGACGAUAUCAAUAUAGACAAUGAUAGUUCGUUAGAUAAUAAAUUGCGAUCUUCAAGUCAUGAUAAUCUAAGUCAUUUAGGCGCUCUCGCUUAUGGAACCAAUCAGAGAAACUUGCCUAUUAGACAGAACAAAAGUAGCGAUAAUUUAAGUAAUAUGCCGUACAGUAAAGCAACGGUUGUAAGUACUGGGAGUGAACCGUCUUUAGUAGCUGCAGUAAGGGCCGGAGAACCGAAAAUCAAUUAUUACACACCAGCAUACGACCAAGGAGCGGCAGAGAGUACUAACGUUGAUAAAGUAGAGACUGACAAUUUUAGUUUUGCUAAGCGUACUGAUAGUUUUGUUAAUGCAAUAGAAUCGAAAGAUACCAAUGUACCUCGUAGUUCUGAUAUUACUCCGUCAAUAACGCAAGAAGAAAGUAAAAUUGGAAAUGCGCCCAUUGACCCCAGUGAUAAUUCGGAAAAUCCGCUAAUAAAUUCUUCUUCUAACUACCAAGUUGCACCAGUUAUGCCGCAAUCGCAGCCUCCCCCGCCUCCCAAUAAUUUUGCAACUAGUUAUUUACCUACAACAAAGAACCAGCCGCAGUUUCCGGGUCCUGAUCAUUUUGCAAAGCAAGCUUCAGUAACUAAGAGCAAUCAAUACCAAGGUAUGACUAGCGCUGGACAACCUUAUGUUGAUCAGAAUCAAACCAUCGGAAACGAAUCAAGUUCUGCAUAUGGUAGCCAAUAUCAACAACAACAACAACAACAACCCGCGCGAUUGAAUACUCAAAGUGGCAAUGUCGAUGCCAAUCAGUAUUAUAAUUAUCAGCAACAAUAUCCUUACGCUUCAUAUCCGUAUCAACAAUAUUAUUAUUACCCCACUCCUUGGGAUCCGUACGGCUACCAGUAUCAGCAAUACCAGGACUGGUACUACUCAACGUACUACCAGAAUGCAAAUUACUAUGGAUCAAAUCCUAAUGAUCAGCAAAACUACCCUGGAUUUGCUGAUCAUCAGCAACAGGAAGCCCAAUAUUACGAAAAUUACUAUACUCAAUCAGCUGUUCAACAAGGUCCACAGGAAUCAAAUAAUCCUAACUUCGCCAACAACGCUCAAGGGGACGCUUUGGAUUCAUCUACCUACGAUUCAGAAAUGGCCCCUACAACUAGUACUUCUGUAGCUACUCCACAACUACCAAUCUAUGACCACGAUCUCACUUCAGAUAACAAUGUAACGCAUAUUGAAUCAAAUACUGAUAAUUUUCAUUAUCAACAAGGUGAACCCACUAUACCUGAUUAUUCUGAAGUCGAUGCUAGUGCUAUAGCAUAUCCACCAGGACCAGAUGAGGACGUACCUAUUGAAGAAGAUGAAGAAGAUCAGAAACCUCCACCGUUAUACGUUGCACCUCAUGUUAGAUGUAAUUUUAGCUUUGGUGGGGUAGUGGUUAUGACCUCAGCCAGUAACCCUAACAUGGUAACUAUAUCUCAGCUACAGAAUAGCGUAUCGGAACAGAAGCUGCAGCAUGAUAUCAAAGAUUUUCCUGGGCCUCUAAUGUGUGACGAUACACACAAACGUGAUAUAAUAAGUUAUAUUGAGACUAAAAUUGCUAAUACGACUGAUAGAAUGGAAACAUCGUCAUCGCGUUUACUGUGGAAGUAUCUACUGAUGGGAAUUCGCCAAAAUGGAACAAUACUAAAUACUGAUAUUUCUGAACUACUGUUAAACGAUGAGCAGUUAUGUAAUGAAAGUAGUAAUAAAUUGGCCACUAAUGAUGAUUUCGAAUCUGAGUGCCACGAUGAAGCAGAACUAGAAAGUUCUCCGCAAGUUUCAUUUAAUAUGCAAGCUAUUGAAAAAGAAUUUAGGCAAUUACUAUUACAAGGGAAAAAAAGGGAAGCGUUAGAAAUUGCAAUCGGUAAUGGUUUAUGGGGCCAUGCUAUGAUAUUAUCCAAUAGAUUAGAUUCUCGAAUGUACAAAAUGGUUAUUAACAAGUUCUUUCUGUCGAUGAUGGAAGGAGAUACUUUACUAACACUAUACCAAGUAUUAGAUGGUCAACUACCAACAGCCAUAACUAAUAAACGUACCAUAAAUACAAAUUGGAAAUCGCAUUUGGCAAUGUUAUUGUCUAAUACAACAUCUAAUUCGAAGUUUGAUAAAGACAAUAUAAUUUCUCUUGGAAAUCAGUUGAUGCAAAAUGGUGAUAUAUUCGCUGGACAGUUAUGUUACCUGAUUGCAGGAGUAAUCCCUGGCCGUUUUGAUAGUGAAAAAAAGGACUUUAUAUUAGUUGGUCAAAAUUCUGCAAGUAAAUCAUUACAGUAUUUAGAUAUUGUCGAUAUUCAUCGUACUGAAAUAUGUGAGUAUAUUCGCUCGUUACAAAGACCUGGUGACGCAUUCCCAAAAUUUCAGCCGUAUAAAUUUAUGUACGCAGCACUUUUAAGCGAGCUUGGCGGGAAGGACGAGGCCUUACAGUACUUAGAAUCCUUGGCUUACACUAUUCAUUCUAAUCCAAAACUAUAUUCUAAAUCAUUUAUUAAAUGUGUAGCAAAUUUCGCUUCUCGUGCUACAUAUUUCAAUCCUGAAGAUAGUGGCAAUGAAGACGAAGAUGAACCGGAAUGGCUAGCUAAUCUUCACUCAUUGACCGACCUUGACUAUAAUAAUAAUUUAUAUCGUUUUAAUAACAGUACAUCAACAGAUAACAAUGAUGUGAUAGCUCCAAAAGUGGAGGAUGACUACACGUAUCAAAAUCCAGCUUCACCCAUACAAUCUUAUUCUGGAGGCGGCAAUCUGUCUCUUGUGCACACACCAGCUGAAUCAAAUAAAUCUGUUCAUCAGUUUACCUUUGAUGAAUCAGAAAUUAAUAGGCAACAUGAAAACAAACCUGGAUUAUAUACCCCGACACAAUCUGAAAAUAAUUCUGGAUUGUAUAACCGUGCACAACCUGAAAAUAAGCCUGGAUUGUACAGCCCAACAAUUCCAACCAGUCAUCAAAGACAAGACAGUCCUAAAUUAUUUUAUAAUCCCAAUAGUACUUCACAAAGCCAACCUACUGGUGGAAAUAUCCCAUUAAAUCCAAUAUAUGAACCUGCGGGCAACAGCGCUGCAAUGUAUGAACCUGCUAGCAGCAAGACCACAGUUCCCCGUGCAAAUACCUAUAAGCCAGAAGAAAAUCAACAAGGUCCUAAUAUCGUCGAUAAGUUUCAACCCAAUAGGGACACAGUGAAAGCACCAAGUGAUGAUAUGGCCAAAAAGAGUCAAGAUUCACCGGCUAAAACACCUGGAAGGAAAGUUAAGCAAAAGGGUUGGUUAUCUACCGUCAGUAGUAUGAUCUUUAGAGGAAAAAAUGAAAUGCAUUUGCCCGAUGACAGAAAGCCAACUAUUUACUAUGAUGAAAAUUUAAAAAAGUGGGUUGAUAACGAUAAUCCAGAAGAGACAACAAAAGCUGCUGCUCCGCCCCCAUCAGAUACACAAUUAACCAAGCCUUCCACAGCUCAACCUAGUGGUCGAAGCCAAUAUGUCGAUGUUUUCGGCGGAAAAAAAAGUGAAACAACCUCAGGCCAAAAGACAAUUCUUCCUCCAAACUUCCUCAAUCCUGUACAAAAUAAUACAACUCCAGCUAAAGCAACAGGACAAUUUUUCGUUCCAACAGCUAAUCAAGAUGACGUAUCAGAUCCAUUUACGAGUUCAAGUAAUAAUAAUAACUCUAAUGAAGGGUUGCAAGAACACUCUGACAAUGACCAUGGAAGAUAUCAAACUGCAGAAAUGCGAUCUAAUCGUGAAAAUAGGCAGCAAGCAAUGAAUCGCCAAGAACCGUACGAAUCCAAUGUGCAUGGUAACCAAAACAGGAAUAUUGCACAAGAUCCAUCGGGUCAAUUGUAUGAUAGUUCGCAACAAGGUGUUGAUGUUACAGCACAUACUGGAACACACGAUUCAUAUGCCCAAGGUAGACUUGGUGGAUAUGCUGCUGCAAAUAUGUCUACAUCUCAGCCGUUCAGUUCAAAUCUUCCGGAUAUGCAAAAUAGAUAUUCUCAUGAUUUAACCUCUUCCUAUGGCACGGAGAGUAACGUUAGCGAUCUUGGAUUUUCUGCAUCCGAUACCGGGGUGAGCGACUCGGUGCAAUCGACGCCCAGACAAUCUGAAUAUCAGAAUGAAACUAAUACUAAGCCCCAGGACAUAUAUCAGCAACCAUUCCCUAUUGGUUUCCAAAAUCAAGGCGGAAGUCAUUCUAGAACAUCCAGUUUUAAUCGUCAAAAAAGACCGCCACUGUCAUUAGGUGGAGCUUAUUACUAA